AUCAGGCAAAGUAGAGUUGAUUUUUCGUUGUCACGGUGAUUCGUAGACAAGCUGAAUAUUUUGAUAAAGGACAUUUAAGCGCAAAAUGUCUGAGACAACAUGUAAAAUCUUUUACAUUUUCCCAAAUUUAGACAAAUAUGAGGGAGAAUGCUAUCAUACAUCAGAUGGUGUGGUGAUCAGGAAAGGGUUUGGCACACAGACAUCAGCCUCUGGAGUUACAUACACUGGUGAAUGGAACAAUGAUAAGAUGAAUGGCAGUGGAACUCUUACACAUCCAUCAGGAGCAAUUUACAGAGGUCUGUUUAGAAAUAACAUGUAUCAUGGAAAAGGAACUUACAGAUUUCCUGAUGGGACAGAAUACAAUGGAACCUUCAACAAUAAUAGGCUCCUACAUUUAAAUAAAUGGCAAGAACAGGGCAUCUGUUAUGCUUUUCAGAUUAGAGGGUAAUGAAGAGUUCAGAGAUUCGCAAGGACUUGUGUGGACCGGAAUGUUCCACAACAAAGCAGCACUAGGACUGAAGCUUAAAGUCAACAUGUAGCAUGGACUGAUAUACACAGACACACUGCAAUUACUACAGUUAAAUUGUUAAUUUACAUGAGUCUGAAUUGGAUGGCAUAUGUAAAUCAUCAACUAAAAAGUGCUUUGUUCAUUUUAUGUUUAUGGCUUUGGACAAACUGAACUUAACAAGUAACUAAAUAAUAAGCAAUAUACAAAAGGCUUAUUUUUAAACACGUAAUAAUUUAUAAGGUUUAUAAGAUCAUUUAGAAGUGCAAGUAAAUAAAUAAUAAAACAAUUAAAUGUACAUUAACACAUUGUUUAGACAUUUAGUAAUAGGUACUCAGUAUGUUAAUAAAUGCUUUUAUUAAAGGUGCAAUGUGUAACAUUUAGAAGGCUAUAUUGACAUAAAUGGAAUAUAAUAUACAUCACUGUGUUUUCAGUGGUGUGUAAAGACCAUACAUAAUGAAAAUAUAUGUUUUUAUUACCUUAGAAUACGCCGUUUUUAUCUACAUACACCACGGGUCACCUAACAUGGAAGUCACCAUCAUGUUUCUACAGUAGCCCUUAAUGGACAAAUUGUUAUCAAGACGGCGUUUUGUCACUACGUUAUGUUAGGUUUACUUCCUGACUCCUGAGAUACCUCCA